GGUGGAUGCGCUUCCCUGGGGAUGGACAAACCGCAGGGCUCCCCAGAGAGGUGGGGCUGUCACUGCUCUGUCCCUGGGCUUAUCCCAGCUUGGGUUUGCUGCCCUUGCCCCACAGCGCUGUCCCCGUGGGGCACAGAGGGGACACAGUUCCGCUAGAGGGAUGCUCGGGCUCGGUCCAUGGGGUUAUCACCCCCCAAAACCAAUUCCUGUCCAGCCAGGGCUCCAUUUCAGGGGCGGCUCCUGAGAGCCCGAGGCUGUGCUUGUUCCUUGCUCCCGACACAUCGUGUUCCUUCUGCCAGAAAAUGCUAAUCAGCCGCGUUUAAAGCAGAGAUAAUUCCAGGUCUGAUUAGCAGCGGCUGCUGCCGGGUGCCACAGCGUGAAUGCCAAUGAAGGCAGCAGCCGGAUCGGGAAUUCUGCCUGCCCCCCGCUGCCCUGCUCCGGCUGGCCCUGCCCCUGGCCUUGGGGAUCAGCGUCUGAAGACAAACCCAGGAGCAGCCUGGUAAUCUCCCUCAGCAGCUCAGUGCCCUGACCCGGGGAUUUCCCUGCUCUUUGCUGUGAUCCAGGUCAGGAGCUUCUUCAGCGCCGGGAAUCAGCGGGAUCAGCCAAGGACCAGGGGCAGGGAUCAUGCUGGAGGUGGCACCUGCAGUGGCCAUAGCCCUGGGGGUGCUGAUGGGGCACACACAGCUCCUCCGUGGCACACGGGGGUCCUGAGGUGCCCCAGGAGCUGGGCUGGCAGUGCCAAACCCCUGCUGCUCUCCCCCUGCAGGGUACAAGACUCUCCUGAAAUGCCUGUCGGGGAAAUUCUGCCAGCGGGAGCUCAUUGGGAUCAUGGGCCCGUCGGGAGCUGGGAAAUCCACACUCAUGAACAUCCUGGCUGGCUACAGGGAGACUGGCAUGAAGGGGCAGAUCCUGGUGAACGGGCGGCCGCGGGACCUGCGCACCUUCCGCAAGAUGUCCUGCUACAUCAUGCAGGAUGACAUGCUGCUGCCACACCUCACCGUGCUCGAGGCCAUGAUGGUCUCUGCCAACCUGAAGCUGAGUGAGAAGCAGGAGGUGAAGAAGGAGCUGGUGAACGAGAUCCUGACGGCCCUGGGGCUGCUGGAGUGCUCCUACACCCGCACCAGCUCCCUGUCCGGGGGGCAGCGCAAGCGCCUGGCCAUCGCCCUGGAGCUGGGCACCAGGCUGGACAAUGUGGGGCACGUGUGA